AUGGCGGCAAGCAUACAGCAACGGAUAGUCAUAAUAUCAACCAUUACGGAUCCCAAGUAUCUCUUUCCUGGAAGCAUCUUUGGAAUUUUCCGAGACGAGUUGGCGCUACAAAAGUUUUCCAUAGCAAGAAUCACUUCCGACCCCAAGCAACAUUUCAGCCAAGGAAUUGAUGGCUUGACCGAACCGAGCGAGGACGCUGAGUUUGAUGCUGAAAUGGCCGGAAUUUCGUUCAGUGAAUGGAUCGAUCGGUUGACACCCGUGUUAAUGAAUAGAGAUCAGUCUUUGUAUGAUAAGGAAUGGAAAUAUCAAGAUGAAUGGUUCGAUAAGAUGGUACCUACAAUCCCCGACUCGUCGAAUGCCGUUUCGUAUACCUGCAAAGACAGGCCGAUGCCCUGCAAAUACCGAUGUUAUUAA